AACUUCAGCUCGCACUUUCUCAUCUGAUCUCAUUAACCACUGAAAUGGCUGACAAAGAUUUGUUAAUGCUGGAAAGCUACUUUGCCAGCGACUAUGGCUUUGAUUCAGACGACACAGAUUUUGAUGAGCUGGACUGCUCUGAUCCUUUGGCCAUGAGCGGCAGAUGUGACAUGCACAAUGGAAUCCGUAUCGAGGUCACCAAGGAGCCUCUUAGCAUGCGCAGUGUUGCUAACAUUGUAAUUGCUCUGAAGAGGCUGAAGCACACUCAACAUGUUCAGUCCACAGAGUUCACAGACCAGGACCUCUUCAAUAUCUUCAUGGAGAAUGUGAUUGAAGAGAGUGUGGUGAUCAAUUUGGAGUGUAGCGAAUCCAAGAGUUACAGCAUGCAGGACAAGAUUGUGCAGUGUACAAUAUAUGACAAGUCCAAAAGGGCCUUGGUGCAGAGAGACAAGCUUCCUAUUCUGCUGGCCAUUACUCUGAAGGGUGGAAAUGAGAAUAAUAAAGCAUGGUUCAACCUCUCAGCCUUCAACCCACCAAACUGCAAAGAAAACACAAAAGGCCAGCCUGUGUGUUUGGGAAUUGUGAAGAGCAACCUCUUUCUGUCAUGCAAACUUCAGAAUGAAAUUCCUUUUCUCAGCAUAGAGGAGGUAGAAGACAAAGAGAAUCUGAAGGCCAUCAGGGAGAAUGAUGAAAUGGAGCGCUUCCUUUUCCUCAGAAAGGGCUCUGGUGACACCCUGAACACCUUCGAGUCGGUCAGAUACCCGGGCUGGUUCAUCACCACUUCCAAGGACGACUUUAAGCCAGUGCAAAUGUCUAAGCAGCAAUCCAGCCACCUCCAGCUGUUCACACUCCAUGAUGAGACAGUAGUCCCUCAGAAUGAGUUCUGAUUCAGAAAACAGUUUCCAGAAAGUAUGUACUAGGUACAAGUGUAAAUCUGGAGGCUCAUUACAUGUUUAAGUAUAUCUCAUCUUGAGAUACCUGACUGGCCUUUGCUUAUUUGUGGUUUCAAAAUACUGUUUUUUUAUCUAACUGUAUUUAUCUUAUUUAUUAUAAAGUUUGUACUGAUUUCAUUACUCUAAUGUAUUGAUAUGUUUAAAAGCCUAAUAAAUGUUUUUUCAGAUGCAUGGCAUUGUAUAGGAUUUGCAU